GUGCAGGGUGGACCCCUGCAUUUUCCGCAAGGUGGUUGACGGAGAAGUCGUAGGUCUCAUCGUGAUCUACGUGGAUGACAUCAUGUUGUCCGCGACCGAGGAGGAGCGUGAAGAGUUGCUAGCGUCUCUCCAGAAGAGAUUCCCUGUGAAGGAUCUAGGAGAUUGUACCUGGUACGAUGGGUGUGCCAUUGAGGUGGACCUUGAGAAUGGUACCACCAAGCUGUCCCAGACGGCUUAUAUCGAGAGCAUGCUCAACCGCUUCAAUGUCACGACCACUGCUCCCACGCCCGCUGUCGUCGACGAUGACCUAGGGCCGAAGAGAGACGACGAGUCCUCGGUGGACAAGCCCGUGAGGGAAGCGAUCGGAUGCCUGAUGUGGUUGCUGUUCACGAGGCCGGACAUCGCGCUGCCUUUGAACAAGCUGCAGAAGAUCGCCCACUCACCCACCGAGAGGAUGUGGAACGCGCUUGUGCGGAUCAUGUCCUACCUCAACGAGACGAAGGACCUCGGGAUCACCUACGUCCGCGGAUCAGGGCUAGACCUAGACGUGUUCGUCGAUUCUAGUUACGCCGACAGCACCGUUGACAGGCGUUCGACGACGGGGCUAGCCGUGACUGUAGGUGGGACCGUAGUGUGCGCAUCCACGAAGACACAGCCAGUGACGGCUCAGUCGACCACGGAGGCAGAGUAUAUUGCAGCCGGGGAGGGCGUGAAGGAAGCGUUGUUCGUGCGUGGUGUUCUGUCGUUCAUUGCGCCCGAGACGAGCGGUGCCACGAUCAGGGUCCGUGAGGACAACGAGGGGGCUCUCGCGUUGGUGCAGAACCCUUUCAGCUCGGCGAGGAGCAAGCAUAUCGACGUGCGGUUCCACUUCAUCCGCGAGCUCUUCAAGGCGGGCAAGAUCACCGCAGAUUAUGUCUCGACAGAAGAGCAGCACGCCGAUAUGCUGACCAAGGUCCUUGGUAGGGGCAAGUUGGAGUACCACCGGAAGGCUCUGAUGAACCUGCCGAUGUAGGGUUCUGGUCUCGUUCUCGUGGCGUUUGUUUUGUUUUGUUCUAGCACUGGGCGCGUCUCGGACCAUGGAUGUCACGCAGGAAGCGUUGGGCAGGGGCGUCACCCGCGGCGGGAGCUUAGGGUUUUUGACCAAUUGCUUCGGGUGUGUAAUCAGCGUGGCCUGUCCAACUUGUCCUGCCUUGGUCCUGCCCUGACAGUGCGGCCGUUGGAAUCCUUCGUGAUAGCGCCGGUUUCUUUUAUGUUUUGAGUUUGUAGGCGAGGGUUUUUGAUCCGGAUGGCCGAGUUUUUUCCUUUGCACCCGUUGUUGUAUGAGUAACUUAAGUAGAUCUGGAGUAUCCAUGCCCCACUGAUGGUUUGUCAAUAGCUUGACGAACCGGGGAGGGUGUUCGUGUGUCUGGAUACGAGCAU